AUACUAACAUUACUGUUGACCCUACCCAUCAUCCCACCACUGUCCUAUUUUCUUCAUUGCAUGUUCCCCACGUGAUAUUUCACUCAAAGUUGGAUCCUAUUAUUAACACAAAAGACAAAAACACAGUUUCAUUAUUUUUCACAAUCAAUCACAAUAUUCAACAUCUCACUUCAACACUAAAAUUCCAUUUUAAUAUCUAUCUAGUCUUGUAACUCAGAUUUGAAGAUCCUUUGUAGCUUUAAUUUCAAGAGUUUAUAUUUCUUUCUCUAAUUAUCUUUUUUAGCUAUACUUUGACUUUUCCUUGCUUUGUUCAUCAUGUUCUUUAGUCAGAAAAUUUUCCAUUAACAUGUUUUUAUAUUAUUUGUUAGAUUCAGGUUAUUGAGUGAGACAUGUAGGGAAAGGUUUCUAUGACUUAGAUUUUGAUUGCAUACUUUUUUAGAAAACAAACUGCCAUAGUUUUUGGAGAUAGAUUUGACAUACAUACCUAAGAGUUAAGUCAAUUUUGAUAGUGAUUUGAGUCUAUCUUGUGUUGUGCUUAGUAUAUAGAUAGCUUUAAGUUAUUGAAAGAAUCUUAGAUCCAGUGAUUGGAUAUCUGUACUUUUUUUUGGUUUCUCAUAGAUUUCCGCUACAGGAAGUAAUCCUGUUCGAACCACUGUCAGACACUAAAUAUGACACGUAUCUGAAUCGGGAUAUGUGUUACUUUGUUUUGUGUUUUUUAGUAAUCUUUACUAGGAAAGAGAUGAACUUUUGAAGGAUAAAACAUCAAUUUGUGUGUAAAAGUAGAUUCCCUUCGCAAGAAGUAAUCCUGUUCGAACCACUGUCAGACACUAAAUAUAACGCCUAUCUGAAUCGGGACAUGUGUUAUUUUGUUUUGUGCUGUUAAGAAUCUUUACUAGGAAAGAGAUGAUUUGUGUGAAAAAUUAGAGACUUUAGGAGAUGCUACUAAUAGUUUUGGAUUUGGUAUGAAAAAUCUGAAAAUGGGUAUGAAUAGAACAAUUGUUUGGUUUAGGAGGGACUUAAGAAUUGAGGACAAUCCUGCAUUAGCUGCUGCUGCAAGAGAUGGUUCUGUUUUUCCUGUCUUUAUUUGGUGUCCUAAAGAGGAAGGAGAGUUUUAUCCAGGUAGAGUUUCGAGGUGGUGGUUGAAACAAUCUCUUGUUCACUUGGAUCAGUCUUUGAAAUCUCUUGGAGCUGGACUUGUUCUUAUCAAAACUGAUAGUACUGUUAAAGCACUUUUGGAAUGUGUAAAUGCUGUUCAAGCUACAAAAGUUGUGUUUAAUCAUCUUUAUGAUCCAAUUUCACUCGUUCGUGAUCACAACAUCAAAGAAAAAUUACUAGCUCUUGGUAUUUCUGUGCAAAGCUACAAUGGAGACUUGUUGUAUGAACCGUGGGAUAUAUAUGACGAUAGUGGACAUGCAUAUACAACUUUUGAUCCUUUUUGGAAUAGAUGCUUGCAAAUGCAAAUGAAAACUUAUUCUCUCAUUCCUCCUUGUCAAUUAAUUCCAGCUCAAGGAAAAGUUGAGAAAUAUUCAAUUGAGCAACUAGGUCUUGAAGAUGAGUUAGAAAAAUCCAGCAAUGCAUUAUUAGGAAGAGCAUGGUGUCCAGGUUGGAGCAAAAGUGACAAGGCAUUAACAGAAUUUGUCGAAAACCACCUACUUCACUACUCGAAAAACAGAUUAAAACUUGAUGGUGAAUCAACCUCACUCUUAUCUCCAUAUAUUCAUUUCGGAGAAUUGAGUGUGAGGAAAGUAUUUCAAUUGGUGCGAACGAAACAGAUAUUAUGGAAAAAUGAAGGAAACAUCGUCGGUGAAGAGAGUGCAACGUUUUUUCUCAGGGCCAUUGGAUUUAGAGAGUACUCGCGUUAUCUUUGUUUUGGUUAUCCGUUCACCGUCGAGAGGCCAUUGUUAGGGAACUUGAAAUUUUUUCCUUGGAAUACUGAUCCUUCGAAAUUUAGAGCUUGGAGGCAAGGUAGGACUGGCUAUCCAUUAGUUGAUGCAGGAAUGAGAGAGCUUUGGGCGACUGGAUGGAUACAUAACAAAAUGCGAGUCAUAGUUUCGAGUUUUGCUGUCAAAAUGUUGCUUAUACCAUGGAAAUGGGGAAUGAAAUAUUUUUGGGAUACACUAUUAGAUGCUGAUCUUGAAAGUGAUAUCUUGGGUUGGCAGUAUAUCUCAGGGAGCUUACCUGAUGGUCACAAACUCGAGCGGUUGGAUGAUCCCGAGAUUCAAGGGAUGAAAUACGAUCCAGAAGGCGAAUACAUUCGUCAAUGGCUGCCUGAGUUAGCUAGAAUUCCAACUGAGUGGAUUCAUCAUCCAUGGGAUGCACCACUUAUUGUGCUGACAGCAUCAGGUGUAGAGUUAGGUCAAAACUAUCCAAAACCAAUCAUCGAUAAAGAUUUGGCAAGAGAACAAUUGGCUCAAGCUAUAUUCAAGAUGUGGGAAAAUGAAGCAGCUUCAAAACCUUCUAGCUCAAAAGAUAGAAAAGAAGUUGUUGAUGACAACAAAAAUUUGGCCAUUCCAAAAGUUUUCUUGAAGAACAAGGCACCACGCGGAGCUACUUCUUCGAAUGACCAAAAGGUUCCAAUACUUCAGAAUCCUAAGAUUAAGAGUGAUCCUCCUAAUAAGAAGAGAGUAAAAUGUAUGGAUGAAGUUGAGAAGAAACAAGAAAAUUCGCGUAAUCAUAGCGAGCAUACUGAGGUGUCAUGCAUUGAUCAAGAAGUACUGUGUUCUACUGCUGAAUCUACAUCCAAGAGACAGUGUUCAAGUUCUUGUUCUUUUUCUGUACCAUAAUAGUGUUUCUCAUCUUCUUAUGUAAAGUUGUCAUGGCAAUAACAUGUUGACAUGGAAAGGAACAUAGUUCAAGCAAAGAUGGUGAAAAUAAAAGAUAAAUCAAAAGAUAGUCUUAAACAAAGAGCAUCUUUUUGUUGUAACUUUUUGAAAGUUUUGUUAAAUAUACACUAAUCGAAAAUUAUGAGA